AACAGAAACUUCUCUGCGAACUCGGAUACAUUUCUUUCCUCCGAAAUGGCGAGAGCCCCUUCUGCUACUCGAUUGAUGCUUACAAAACCCCAUUCCUCAUUAUUCCCUUAGUAUCUUGGUUCACUCUCGCCUCCGUCGCCACCGCCGGCUUCACUCCUCUUCCACCUAUCAUUGAUCCUCUGGUUUUUGUGUCCCCAGAAAAACCCUAACACGCAUCAGUGCUCCUCGUCUGGUGUGGUGGCUUCCUGGAUAUGGCAUCGGGAAAGAGGGAGAAUCCCACACAAAGCGAAGAGGCUGAUGCUGCAGCUCUCCAAUAUCAGAACCAGCAGCUUGUUCAACAGUUAGAGGCUCAAAAGAAGGCAAUGCAUGAGCUGGAAAAAAAGUACAAAGAGCUACAAGAGAAGAAGAUCUCUUAUGACCAAACUUUGAUAACUAUAAACAAAAUAUGGAAUCAGCUGGUUGAUGACUUGGUUCUGCUUGGAAUACGAGCUGGUGGUAACCCGCAACAUUUACAUGAACUAGACCAUGAAGAUUUCGUUGAAGACAUCCUCGCAUCUUUCCCACCAGAAGAGAUGUUUCUGCGCAGGCUUUUAAGAACGUCUACCAUUCAGAGUAAUGGGGUAGGGUUAGAUAUCAAAUAUGUGCAAGAUGCUCUUGCAUUGCGGCAUUCACAGACCAUGGAUUUGAUGAAAAAUCUCGAUGAAAUGAUAGUUUCUCAACAACUUAAAACUGAGGGGUUAGCAGUGGGUUUGCAGGGCAAAUCAUCUUCAAAAGAGACCAUAGCACAACUGCAAAAGGUUGAUGCUUCGUUGAGAGAGGAGGUUCAUAAUCUUCAUGCGGCCAUAGCUAUUAUCCACCAUAAGCAUAAAAAAUAUGCGGAAGAAAUAAAUUAUUACCUGGAGAACAAGUCAAAAGAGGAGUCUGAGAUUAAGCGCCUCUCAAGUGAGCUAGAAGAAAGUAUGGCCGAGCUUGAGGAAAGUCGACGCAAGUUGAUUAUUUUACAGCUGCAGAAGAAAGGGGCAUCUGCUAUGACUGAUUCACUUGUCAGCUCCAUAAACGGUACCAGUACUCCGGGGAGACUUGGAGAUAGGACUAUUACUCUGAGGCAGUUGAAAGAUUCUAUUGAAGAAGCCAAGGUGUUGGCAUCAAAUCGUGAAUUAGAGCUUCAGGAGGCACGGGAAGACAAUUUAUCCUUGUCAAAGCAAUUGGAAGACCUUGAGAAUCAAUUGAAGGAUGACAAAUAUGUGCUCCAUUCAAAACCAUACACUUUACUGAAAGACCAACUCCAGCAUUUAAAUGCUGAAAUUGAGCGGUACAAGGGGUUGAUAGAGCCUUUGCAGGCUGAUAGAAAUCAAUUACUUAAAAAAGAUAGGGAGCUGUCUUCAAAAGCACAUUCAUUUGAUGCUGUGAAGACCUCUAUUUCAAGCUAUGAGGCCAAGAUAGAAGAGCUAGAGCAUCAAAUUCAGAAGCUUAUUGCUGAAAGAAACAAACUUGAAAUGAAAUUGGAAGAAACCCUGCAGGAUUCAGAGAGAAAUGAUAUCAAGGAUGAGAUUCACGUCAUGGCAUCUGCGUUGGCUAAAGAGAUGCAGAUGACUGAAGCACAGUUGAAUCGGUCUAAAGAUGCUGCAUCUGAAGCCCUUUCAUUACGGCAGGAAGCCAAUUCCCUAACAGCUAUGCUAGAGGAAAAGAUUGCUGAACGCAAAAGCUUGUCAGAUAAAUGUGCUGAGCAAACUGUUGAGAUUAAGUUACUGAAAGAGCUGAUUGAGAAAUUGGAGAAGGAGACACAAGAGCUGCAGAACAUCCUGGAUAUGUAUGGACAAGAAUCUUAUGACAAUAGAACUAUAAUGGAGAUAAAGGAGUCAGAACAGAGAGCCCGGAUGCAAGCUGAAAUAUUAAAAAAUGCUUUAGACGAACAUAAUCUUGAAUUGAGAGUUAAAGCUGCCAAUGAGGCUGAGGCAGCUUGCCAGCAAAGGCUAUCUGCUGCUGAAGCAGAAAUAGCUGAACUACAGGAAAAGUUGGAUGCUUCAGAAAGGGAUCUUUUGGAGCUUACAGAGGCUAUAAGAAUUAAAGAUGCAGAAGCCGAGGCUUAUAUUUCUGAAAUCGAGACUAUUGGUCAAGCAUAUGAAGAUAUGCAGACUCAACAUCAGCAUUUAAUUCAAAUGGUUGCAGACAGAGAUCAGUAUAACAUUAAGUUAGUAUCCGAUAGCGUGAAGAUGAAACAAACAUAUAGCUCUCUUCUCGCUGAAAAGCAAGCCAAGGCAAAGCAGCUUCAGCAGGUUAAUUCAUCAUUGGAGUCACAGAAAGCCAAAAUAGCUCAUGUUGAAGAGCAGAUGAAAUCAUACCUUGCACAAGCUGCCAAAACUUCUGUAGAGAACAGGCACAUUGCCAUCAACCUGGAUAAAGCAAAGCUAGAGCUGGGAGAUUCUGAGAAAGAGCUAAAGUGGCUGAAAUCUGCUGUUGACAUCACCGAGAAGGAACAUCAACGCAACCAGGAGAGGAUUCUUGACUUGAAAACGGAGUUGGAGAAAGAAAGCAAUGAGAGGAAAAAACUGGAGGAAGAAUAUGAAGAUCUGAAGAAAGAAGUCAUGGAGCUGAGCCCUGAAAGGCAGGAGUUAGCCAUUCAGAAACUCGAGGAAGAGAUCAAGGAGUGUAAGGCUAUACUGAAAUGUGGAGUUUGUUUUGAUCGGCCGAAGGAGGUUGUCAUCACUAAAUGCUUUCAUCUGUUCUGCAAUCCCUGCAUUCAAAGGAACCUGGAAAUUCGUCACAGAAAGUGCCCUGGUUGUGGAACACCAUUUGGGCAGAAUGAUGUGCGUGAGGUCAAUAUUUGAACUGAAAUCUUAUAGUACUCCUUUCUAUUAGGAAAAUUCUCCUUUCUAUAAAUCGGCUCUACAGGAAAGCUUCCAUUCCACCAUUAAUUUCUCUUUGUUUCAUAAUAGGUUUGGAUUUAGGCUUUGUUUGGAAUGGUUUUCUUACUGUUUUUUAAAGCAAUUUUUUAGUAUAAAAUUUUCUGAUUAUAAGAAUUUUUAUACUCAAAAGCUGAUUUUGAAAACAGUAAGAAAAUUAUCGUAGUCAUUGAUUGGAUUAGGAAUUUUGUAUAUAUAUUGAACAAUCUCAAAAUAGUUUGGAAUAGUGGCCAAUUUAAUCAGAGUAUUGUAUUUUUUCCAA